AGUUAAUGUACAUAUGUCAUGUUUGGCAAUACAACUGGAGCCACAACUUAGUACUUACCUUUGACUUGCCGAGAUGUCUAAGGAACAACAUGGGAUAAAUAACCAUGUACUCAAGAUUAUAACACGAGCUUUUUUAAUGUCAAAAUCUUACUUAAAUUGGCAGAUCAUCGAAAGCUUUGCAGAAAAGAUUUCAGUUGCUGCUUUUGUUACUGCAAUGAUGCCUGGUCCAACUCUGAACAUUUCUACCCUCACGAAAGUGGUUAAGGUGUCUUUUCUUGAGUCAUUCUAUUUGCUGAACACACUUGGUUCUAAUUUUAUGCAAAGGACACCGAAAUUGCAAUGAUUUGAUGAGAUUUAGUCAGCAGUUAGUUGACUUUGAUAUUUGUUAACUAACUGUUAUUUAAUGCAGCUAGAGCCUGAAUACUUGUCUAAUUUCUUCCUCUAGUUGACUUGAUGAAUGAUAAAAAAUACAGAAAAGAUAUUCUAUAUAAAAUGCUCAACAAAUAGUACUUGACGUAGGGUUGCUUAUGCAGGGAAGUAAGUUAGAAGGUCAAACACAAGAUUGCCUUAUAAUGGUUCAUACUAUGUGCUCAGAGUUCAAAAGAAGAGAAAAAAAGUUAAAUGAAGAAAAGCAAGUUUCUAAUAAGUUUACUACUGAUACUUUUGUUGCCAUAUGUAAACUCAACAACAUCAAGGCAUAAAUGGCCUAAAACAAGCAAGCACUUUGUUCUAGUUCAUGGCGCGUGUCAUGGAGCCUGGUCUUGGUACAAGAUUAUGGCGUUGAUAAAAACUUCAGAGCAUAAUGUAACAGCUCUGGACUUGGGUGCUUCAGGGGUCAAUCCAAAGCAGGUUCUUGAAAUCCCACAUUUAUCGGAUUACUUCAGUCCGCUAAUGGAGUUCAUGGCUUCUCUUCCUGCACAUCAGAAAGUGAUUCUCGUAGGACAUAGCUACGGUGGGUUGGCCAUAUCUAAAGCCAUGGAAAGCUUUCCAGAAAAGAUUUUAGUUGCUGUAUUUGUUACUGCUCAUAUGCCUGGUCUAACUCUAAAUGCAACCACUCUCUUGACUAAGUUACAGUCUUCUAGUGAAAUGGUAUCUCAACUUGAUAAUCGUGUAACAUACAAUAAUGGACCCACCAAUCCUCCAACGGCCUUCUUCUUCGGUCCAAAGUACUUGGCAAGAAAUGUUUAUCAGCAGAGCCCAAUUCAGGAUUGGGUGCUGGCUACAACACUAGCAAGGCCACUUUAUGUAUACAGCAAGGAAGACAUAUCGAAAGAGAUGGUUCUUUCAAACAAAAGUUAUGGAUCAGUUAGGCGAGUGUUCAUUGUAGCUGCUGAAGAUAAAACUCUACUGAAGGAAUUCCAAGAGUGGAUGAUUGAAAAGAAUCCACCCGACGAAGUGGAAGAAAUCCCAGGCUCCGAUCACAUGGUCAUGAUGUCUAAGCCCCUUCAUCUUUUUAAUCUUCUUCUGCGCAUUGCACAGAAGUAACAAGCUUCUUGAUCCAGCUUGUGAUUUCAUAUUAAAAAAUAAAGCAUUCUGAAAUAAGAAGGGGAGCUUUGGCGUAACUGGUAAAGUUGCUGCCAUGUGACCAGGAGGUCACGGGUUCGAGUCGUGGAAAUAGCCUCU